UUCCGGCUCCGUGACUAAGCUGCCGCCGGAGCAAGAUGGAAGCGCCGUCGCUUGUGCCGCCUCCCGCAUUUUGGGCCGCGGGCCCCGCGCCGGGGGAGUUGUACUCGCCCCCAUGCCCGGGCAACGGAGCCGGGCUCCAGGCCGCAGAAGGCGGGGGCGUCAACAGAACCAUGAAUCCCAUGGUGACGGGCACAUCCGUGCUGGGGGUGAAGUUUGACGGCGGAGUGGUCAUUGCUGCAGACAUGCUGGGCUCCUACGGUUCACUCGCCCGCUUCCGCAACAUCUCCAGGGUCAUGAAGGUCAACGAUAGCACCGUUCUGGGGGCCUCUGGCGAUUAUGCGGAUUUCCAGUACCUCAAGCAGGUCAUAGAUCAGAUGGUGAUCGACGAGGAGCUGCUGGGAGACGGCCACAGCUACAGUCCGAAGGCCAUUCACUCCUGGCUGACCCGAGCCAUGUACAGCCGCCGGUCCAAGAUGAACCCCCUCUGGAACACCGUUGUGAUUGGCGGCUACUCCAACGGAGAGGGUUUCUUAGGUUACGUCGACAUGCUGGGCGUGGCUUACGAAGCUCCUACACUUGCGACCGGAUACGGCUCUUACGUAGCACAGCCGUUGAUGAGGGACACCCUGGAGAAGAAGGGUACCUUGUCCAGAGAAGAGGCCCGGGCCCUCCUUGAGCGUUGCAUGAAAAUCCUCUACUACCGAGACGCUCGCUCGUUCAACAGGUACGAGCUGAUCAGCGUGACGGAGAAAGGUGUGGAAAUAGAAGGGCCGCUCACCUCUGACACCAACUGGGAUAUAGCACAUCUCGUCAGCGGCUUUUAAUGAAGUGGAAGAAACGGAAGGGCCUGCAGUGGCUCCCUCUCUGCGGAGAUGUCCUCCAAAGCUGUUCGAUGCAUGACCUGUGGCCGUGCCUGGAUGUCUUUUUGUAAACAAAAUAAACAAGGUUGCAAACCCCCCAAAAUAAGGUGGGGAUGCUUAA